UUUUUAUUAGCUUUGUCAGUUUACUCUCUCUUUAUUUUAUAUUCUUCGACUGUAGGAACACGUGUAUCGUACACUUCAUUCGUCAAUAAAGAUUUUAUUUUGCAAGUGUCACAAGAAUUUUAUUAUAUUUAUUUAUCUUGUAAUAUUGUGGAGAAAUAUACAGAGGCAAGAAAGUGUGCAUAGUAAAUUGUACAUAAUGACGCGAAGCGAUACUGUGAUUACUAAGAUGGAACACGUGGAAGAGAGUUUAAAAGAUACUUUAUACAGAGUUGAAGUAAUUGAGAAAAAGCUAAAAACAAAAUUACUUACUACGGAAAAUCGUGAAAGAUUGGAAAAUGAAUUAGAAGAAGUUAAAGAAGUCCUUAGAAGAAAUGAAAAGAAAUUACAGAAUUUAAGAAAGGAAAACUCAAAAUCUUUUAUGGUAGCGGCAUGUUUGAUUUUUGUAUGUUUUCUUCUCUAUGGAAUGUAUUUAAUGAUUUUUGAGAAUAUUUAGUGAUUAUAUUAUUAGGGAAGAAGUAUUACAGUAUUAAAUUAUCUGUUUUAUAAAUUUUAUACAAAAUAUGAUUAUCAAGUUAUGAUUCAUGACUUACCAAAUUGAUGUUAGAUUUUGUAAAUAUUAGAUAUUAAAUAUCUCAGAAUUAUAUAGUUUAUAUGCAACAAUUUGCAUAGAUAAAUAAUAAAUAUUGUGAGAACUUGCAA